UCCAUGUUGAUUUCAGCCUCGCCCGCUCAGUACAGCUCUGACGUCGGUGAACGAAAGGUGUAGCGUGCUCUCGGUCCCGCCACCCGAAAAAAAGACCAUUCUUUGGAGGGAUUUAACAAGUGGUUUCGGGGGAAAGGAAAAACACCAUUGGAUUUAGUGCAUCGUCUUGACAAACCAGGGAUUAUGCAAGCCAUCAAAUGCGUCGUGGUUGGUGACGGAGCCGUGGGUAAAACAUGUCUUCUUAUCAGCUACACCACCAAUGCCUUUCCAGGAGAAUACAUUCCAACUGUAUUUGACAACUACUCAGCCAAUGUAAUGGUUGAUGGCAAACCCAUCAACCUGGGCCUGUGGGAUACAGCAGGUCAGGAGGACUAUGACAGGCUGCGUCCACUCUCCUACCCACAGACCGAUGUCUUCCUCAUCUGCUUCUCCCUUGUCAACCCAGCCAGUUUUGAGAAUGUCAGAGCAAAGUGGUACCCUGAGGUACGUCAUCAUUGCCCCAACACGCCGAUCAUCCUGGUAGGAACGAAGCUUGAUCUGCGAGACGACCGUGAGACGCUAGAUAAGCUGAAGGACAAGAAGCUAACCCCUAUUUCAUACCCACAGGUAAGUUUGAAUGGUAUGAGCAGGGAGUAUGUGCUCAUUUGAGAGAUUUUUUUCUUG